AUGGACUUGGACACUGUUAUCAGAGCACACCACCCCGAGAGCGACCUCACACAGGAAGCCUUCGACGAGACGGACCAGGCAGCGCUAAAUCUACUGCGCUCACUGAGUACUAUGGCCAACCUGCAGCUCCCGAUGGGUGAGAGAGCUUCGACCGACCUAAGUAUGAGAUCAAAAGCAAGCAAGAGCCAAGAGAAUUACCAUACGGACUUGAGAGCGAAGGUUGAUGAGGUUGCGAAAUUAGGUGCUGACUUUGAACGACUCCAUAAAUUGAUGCGGUAUCUCCUCUCACCCUUCGUUAUCGCUGAGGAACGGCACUUUAGCUUGGGGACAGGACCAUAUCCUCUGUUCACGCUACCCCCAGGAGAUCCUGGCGAAUUGGCUAUAGGACGCUUGACAAUAUGGCGCCAGAUCUUGAAAACUCUUCCCGGCAUGUCCCAAACUCUCGAUGAUUGCUCGCAUGUUUCUCCGGACACAACAGCGGAGUCUUCAGGCCGGGGAGUGUUUGACGAAAGCCUUGGAAACCGCGUUAGCAGUGUCGUUGGAGCCAUUUUCAAAGAGUUUCGGCAUCUCAGCUGCGUUAGGAAGACGACGCACGAGAUCCGCUUGCACGUGUCAGACGAGCUGUACACGACACGUCCAGGCCGAGAGCACAACCUUGAUAUGUUCAUUUCCGGUUGCCCUGGAAGUAAUCUCAUUUGGCAGAGCGCUCAGUGCGGUGACUUUCCCGUCAAGGAUGUUGCUAAACAGUGCAUAUGUGAUAGCAUCAGUCGGGCAAUGCAUGGCAGACGGAAGCUUCACAUUCUGGUUGACCCCGAAGGAUUAUAUGAUGUGACAGACACGCUGCCCACCGUCCGUCUACAUCAUGACAGUUUUGACGGCACGCCGCUUAGCGAGCUGCUCCAGCAAAACCUCUUCAGGCCGAUCGACUUCCAGGCGUAUCAUGACAAGACGGCAGCGAGAAAGUUCAACUCUGGGAAAAAAGCUCAGGUGGCACUUGGGCUUUCGAGAUGCCUCAUGGACUUCUUUGACAAAGGCCUUGAACUGGCCUCACACAGCUGGAUCUCCGACAACGUGCACUUUCGGGAAGGCCCUACCAAUACGAAGGGGGGUAGAAGACACCUCCUGUACGUUUCGCUCCGGCCGAACCUUGAUCAGAAUGCCCCUUCCGACAUGGUCAAGAUGUUCAACAACGGGAGUCCAGUCGUGCUCUCAUUUGCAAAGCUGCUUUUGGAAGUCCUAUACGGCAAGGCCCUAAAGAUUCAGGUCAAACCAAAUGAGCAAGAUAACCUCUCAAGUUGGCUGGAGCUUGGAAGAAUCGUUCAAGACUUGCGUCGCGACCCAGAUGGUGGACCGUUUACCUCGAAAUACUUGGAGGUUGUGGAAAACUGCCUGAGCCUUUGGGCAACCCUAAGCAACGGCAAUGACCGUACGGAUCUCUCAGGCACCAUUGGAUUCAUGAGGAAGGCCAUAUACAAAAAGAUUGUCUACAAACUCGAGCUCAUAGCUGGUUCUGAGUCAACAAGCCGAGCCGGCUCAGAUGUCAUUGCCAGCCAUGAGCGAAGAAAACGGAAGAGCCAGGACUCUGUACUCAACGAGUCACCAGCAAAGAAACUGGCUCACUUACCUCGAGUUUCUUUCGUCUCUGGGUCCGUUGACUUGGUAAAUGGCCAGAGUCCAGCCGUUUCGCCUGGUGAUUCCGUCACGGCAGCUAAGCAAGGCGACGACGAACAAAUCACUGAUGAUGCUGACGCGGGCGUCCAUGGCCGGUCAUCCCUUUACGAUGAGCAGGUGGGAACUAGUGAACACGAACAGAAAGCGGCAGAGGAACACUUGAACACACUCAUAGACAGCAUGGGAGAGUACAUCAAGCCCCGUGCGAACGGUGCGCCGAAUGAGAAGCCGAUCAAGGUUGCCAUCAUUGACAGCGGAAUCGACGCGGACGAUAACUGGAUACGUGGUGCAAACCUCCGGAUUGGAGACAAGAGAAAUUGGACCAGUGGCCUGGUCGACGAUUGCGCCGAUGAAUGUGGCCACGGAACCCAUAUCGCAAGGCUGAUCUUGAAGAUUUCACCUGCUGCUGAGAUCUACAUUGCAAAAGUGUCUAAACGAAGGAAACUGGACCCAGAAGUCCCGGGGCAGGUUGCCCAGGCUAUCGAAUGGGCAGCCGGAGUGUGGAAAGUCGAUAUCAUAUCACUAUCCAUGGCGAUGGAUGGCGAGAACCCGACAAUAAGAAAAGCCCUUGACAAAGUAUUCAACCCCCCUCACGAUUGGCCGAAGAAAGUAGUGGUCAUGGCAGCAGCAUCAAACUGGGGGGGUAAUCGCCGUAUCGGGUUUCCAGCUUCUUACAAGGGAGUUAUCUGUGUCCACUCGACCGACGGGCAUGGCAAUCCUAGCAAUACAAACCCAACGGCUCAGAAGGGUAAGGACUUUGCCGUGUUAGGUAUGUCCAUCAAGUCAAGCGUCAAGGGGAAGGACAAGAAGAGGACCGAAAAGUACAUCUCCGGAACUUCUUACGCCACAGCCAUCGGUGUAGGAAUCGCGGCCAACGUUCUGGAGUUUGCUAAGGGGGACCCGACGCUGUGGGAUGAGGGGAAAGGGAAGCUCUGCUCGUCGUGGGGGAUGUCCUGCGUGUUUAGGAUCAUGACCAAGAAUAGAAUGCCCCCCCUCUCCCUCAUUCACAUCUCGCUCCAAUAUCUACAUCAGGUACCAGAGACACUGACGAUGGUGGGUCUCAAUGGCAAUACACUCGAUCCGGAAGCCACGGCGAAUGUGUCCAAGGAUGCUAAGGACUUCAACUUUAUUUACGUCCAAGGCCACAACGACCUGCAAGUUGAAGAAAAACAGAAGCUGGCUGAGCUGAAAGUCGAGAUCCAAGACUACCAUCCAGAGCUCAAGAGCACUAUCACCCUGAAACACUUGGUUAAGGGCCAAGAGGAUCAGACAGAAUAUGGAGUUGAUGUCAUUCUCCAUGACCGUCCCAACGUCAGUACGGCCUUGUUGGCGCCAUACGUUGCCGAAAAGGCCGAGGUUGAUAUAAAAGAGCUGGAAAUUGGCUCCAAGAAGAUCAGGCUCACGCUCCACCAAGACAGACUCGACGACGUGGUUAGCCUUGAUAGUGUCAACAGGAUCGAGGAAGUGCGACCCAAAACCGUCUACAACAACCAUGCUCGUGAGAUCCUCAGGGCCGAUGACAUAGCCACGGCCUCCAGAUAUACCGGCGCUGGCCAGAUCAUCUGUGUGGCCGAUACGGGCUUUGACCAGGGCAAAGCCGAUCACGACAAAGUCCACCCAGCCUUUGUAGGCCGAGUGAAACAUCUCAAGUCCUGGUGGCUUCCAGAUGAUGCCAAAGAUCCCGACGGUCAUGGAACUCACGUUUGCGGGUCCAUCUCCGGAAGCGGCAUCUACACAGCUACUUCAAGUAAAGGCGAGGCGCUUCACAUCAAGGGAACUGCCCCUGGUGCGCUCCUGAUGGUUCAGGCCAUGUCGAAAUGGAACCCCAGUUGGAAGAAGUGGAUUCUCAAGCCGCCCAUGGAGAUAUACAACCUUUUUGUCGAGGCAUACGAACAAGGGGUUCGGAUUCACAACAACUCUUGGGGCGACACUUGGGACAAGGUGACAGGCCAGCGUGACUACACUGACGACGCGACCGCCAUCGACAAGUUUGUCCACGAACAUCAAGACUUUGUUGUGCUCAUUGCGGCAGGCAAUGAUGCAGAUGAAGAGAACCACGGGGAGAGCCAGAUCGGCGACAAUGGCGCAGCCAAGAACUGCAUCACCGUUGGUGCCACUGGCUCGACGCGAGCCAAUGACUCAUAUAAGCACAAGCUCGGGUCUCCAGGGCAUUUGAGGCCCACGGAUACGGCCCAUUUUAGCCGCAGAGGCCCUACAAAGUGUUCCAAGAACUGCAAGUGCGAAAACGUCAUUGGCCGCAUCAAGCCAGACGUCGUAGCACCAGGCGUUGCCAUACUCUCGGCGGGAUCACGCUCGACUACAGCCAAUCAACGCUCUCUAUUCAAGAGACGUUUUGGAAAUUCGCAGGACGAGGACUGGUUCUUCAUGUCUGGUACCAGCAUGGCCACACCCUUGGUAGCUGGCUGCGUGGCGCUCAUGCGCGAAGCAUUACAGAAGAUAGGGAAGUAUCAUCCCAGCGCGGCGUUGAUCAAGGCUUUGCUGGUAAACGGGGUUGUUGACUACUCUAGCCCUGAUGGACCCGGCUUUAACUACGAGCAAGGCUUUGGGUUGGUUGACGUCGACACGUCCAUCGACAUGAUUGAGAAAGAAACCGGUCGCCAUCGGCUUGCUGUCACGUUGGCAUACCCUGACCUGGCACAUGCCCUUCUGCAGAACCAGGUAAAUCUCAUUGUGCGUGCUGGCGGAGAAGAGAGGCACGGCAACAUGGGAGCCGAUCAGGGUUUUGACAAAACCAACAAUGUGGAAAAGGUAAUCUGGGGCAACGUGCCUGGAACAACGGCCGUGAUUAUCGUGCGUGAGGCUGGUUUUACCAAGCUGAAUUCAGAACAGUCAUUUGCGGUCGCAUGGGAUAUUUCGGCAUUAUAA